GGAGGGGGGAGAAACGGGGUGUUGCCGCCUCUGAGACACACUCACGCAUCGCAGAGUACCAGCAGCAGGCUGAGGACACAGCAGCCUUUCUCUUCAGGAAAACAAAGCCGUGGUUUGGUUUGAAUCGUCGAAACCAGACAAAAAGCCUUUUUAUCAUUUAACCUCGCUGAAGCGGAGAGACGGAGAGAGAGAGAGAGAGGGAGAGAGAGCUGUGUGGAAGCAGAAAGAAGAUUUCAGCACCUCGGACAGCGGCAAUCAUGGCUCCAGUGUUGGAGGAUGGAGCUCAGCUCGUGGCUGUGCCAGUGGGUGUUGCUGUGAUGAGCGUCUUUGGCCUCGUCUUCACUGUGUCAGCGUUUGCGUGGAUCUGCUGCCAGCGUAAAAACACCAAAUCCCAGAAGACCCCCCCCUACAAGUUCGUGCACAUGCUCAAAGGAGUUGACAUCUACCCGGAGAGCCUCAGCGGCAAGAAGAAGUUCGCCGCGCCCGCCGCGUCGAACGACGCCGGGAAAACCGACGUCAACGGGAACUGCCACGCCGCUCUGCCCGUGAGCCCCAACGGCUCCGGCAAACAACUGGCUUCGAGUCCCAACGGUUCCAGAACGGCUCUGCAUCUGGAUCUGGAGAAGAGGGACCUGAACGGCAACUUCACCACCAAACCCUUCCACCACCACCACCAGAAGGUCCGGAGCUCCCCGGACCUGGAGCUGCCCUCGCCUCACGCCGGCUUCACCCAGCCGGGCGCGACGGACCGCCGCGACCUGCCCUCGCCGUCCAGCACCCUGUCCAGCCAGGCGCCCACCCCGGCUGUGGACCGGCCUCAGGCCGAGGAGAAGGACAGCGGUCUGGGGACCCUUCACUUCUCCCUGGAGUACCAGCCGGAGAGGAAGGCCUUCAUCGUCCACAUCAAGGAAGCCCAUGGCUUGAGCCCAACUGAUGAGCAGUCGCUGACCUCUGACCCCUACAUCAAACUGACCCUGCUGCCAGAAAAGAAGCACCGGGUGAAGACCCGGGUGCUGAGAAAGACGCUGGACCCGGCCUUCGACGAGACCUUCAGCUUCUACGGGAUCCCGCUGGCCCGGGUGUCGGAGCUGGCCCUCCACUUCAUGGUGCUGAGCUUCGACCGGUUCUCCCGCGACGAAGUCAUCGGGGAGACCCUGGUGCCCCUGUCCGGGAUCGACCUGUCCGAGGGGCGCGUCCUGAUGAGCCGAGAGAUCAUCAAGAGAAACGUCAAGAAGUCCUCGGGCCGCGGCGAGCUGCUGCUGUCCCUGUGCUACCAGUCCACCACCAACACCCUGACCGUGGUCGUCCUCAAGGCUCGCCACCUGCCCAAGACCGACAACAGCGGACUCACGGAUUCCUACGUGAAGGUGAACAUGUACCACGGAAAGAAGCGCCUGUGCAAGAAGAAGACCCACGUGAAGAAGUGCUCGCCCAACCCCGUCUUCAACGAGCUCUUUGUGUUUGACCUGCCCUCCGAGGAGGGCCUGAGGGACACCAGCGUGGAGCUCCUGCUGAUGGACUCGGAAGCGGGCGGCUCGCGCUGCCCCAACACCGUGGUGGGACGCCUGGUGCUGGGCACGUCGGCGGACGGCGCCCCCGGCGAGCACUGGAGGGAGAUCUGCGACCACCCGCGCCGCCAGAUCGCCCGGUGGCACGUCAUGUCGGAGGAGUAGAGCGCCGAGCCCGCCGCCGUCC